UCGGACGUCACCUCUUCCUUUCUUCCUUAUUUCAGUCCCUUUCUACUUUUACUGCUCCUCUCUCAACAAUCUAUCGACCAGUGCCAAACUUGGUUUAUCACCCACUGAACGCAUCAACGCCAGAGUUAAAGUACCAGAAUUACAGCUAUGUCGUCGUGGCUCUUCCUUGUUCUCAUCUUCAUUGUCCUCCCUGCUGCGGGGUAUAUCUACUGGCUUAGGAGACAAAGGGCGGGGGAUGUCGGGAUUCCUCUUAGUAUGCCAAGAGGUGAAACUGGGAUCCGAUUAUCAGAAGACGGCCCGCCUACACAUUCAUUCAUAACCAACAAUGUAUCCACCGAUUCUUUGCCGUCUCACGCCCUUUCAAACUUGCCAGAACUGUCUCAUCGGGAUGAACCAUUGUCUGCGAGCCCUAUUGGCGAUGACAAUGAUGGAGCGGGUGCUGGAUUCGGGAGUAUGCCCAUAACGAGGUUUUCCACGGGUUCUUCGUCAUUCCCCAAUUUCAACUCCAACCUGAACUCUAACGCCAAGGAAAACCCAUUUAGAGAUGAAAAGUCCGGAAACAAAGGUCGUCGCUCGAUGAAGAGUGCUGCAGCGGGCCAGGCGAAGAAUGGUGAGGCUGGGGAUGUUAGCAUAAGUGAGGAUGAGUAUGAGGACAAUUCAAAUGAAGAGGGAGGGAAAUUUUCAAUUGGGGAUGAUGAAGAGGGAUGGAAUCGGUAGUCUUUUUAGUUGAUAUGCCAAACUAUGCAUCUUGUUGUAGCAUG